AUGAUAUAUAUUAUUGGUAUUUAUUUAUUAAUUUCUGUUUGUUAUGGAACAAAUUAUGAUUUUUUGUUAGCUAAUGGACCAACACAUAUAAGUUCAAAUGAUUCAUAUUAUUUUCCCUAUGGUGAUCCAAAAUAUGAUAUAAAAGUCAAAUUAUUACAAGUUGAUCCACACACUGGUCUCUGGAUAAAUUUAUUACGUGGUGGACCUGGUAGUAUACUGGGUACACAUCGUCAUUAUGAUCAAGUAUAUGGUUAUACAUUAAAAGGUGCAUGGGGUUAUUUAGAACAUCCUGAAUGGUUAUCAAAAGCAGGUGAUAUUGUACAUGAAACUCCUGGAUCCGUUCAUACAUUAUAUAUUCAUGAAAAUUAUGGUGAGACAGAAACAUUGUUUUUUGUAUGGGGUGCACUAGAAUAUUUAGAUGAAUCGGGUAAGACGACUCAUAUAGAAGAUUGGAGAUCAAUAUUAAAAACAUAUACAGAUUAUUGUAAUAAAAAUAAUUUACCGAUUGUUGAUAUUACUUAUCCAAAACAUAAAGUACCAGAUGUAGAUUUUAAGAAUAAUAAUGAUAAUAAUAAAAAUGAACUCUAA